GUCUGACCGGCCUCACCAUGCUCCACAUCUCCUCGAACGACCUUUCCGGUCCCAUCAUCCCCGAGCUCGGCAGUUUGACCAAUCUCUGGUCCCUCGACCUCUCCUCCAACGACCUCUCCGGCCUCAUUCCCCUCGAGCUCGGCAGACUGUCGAGUGCCAAAUUACUACUUCUCGACCUCUACAACAACAACCUCUCCGGCCCUAUUCCCCCUGAGCUCGCUCGCCUAAGCGGCCUCGUGGGCCUGUACCUCCACAACAACAGCCUCUCCGGCCCCAUCCCCCCCGAGCUCAGCCGCAUGGGCAGGCUCGGUGCCCUGGACCUCUCCUUCAACGGCCUCUCCGGCCCCAUCCCCCCCGAGCUCGUCAACCUUACCAGACUCACCACCCUCGACCUCUCCAAUAACGAUUUAUCCGGCCCCAUCCCGCCUGAGUUCGGUCGUCUGCUGCGCAUCGAAACACUCAACCUCACUGGCACGGAUACGUCUUGCAAAACGCUUGACUUGUCCCGUAUGAUAAAUAUUACGAACCUAGGCCUUCCUUGCUCGCCACCCCCUUCUUUCGCGCACAACAAUCUGACCUACGUUGCGCUAUCCGUGAGGAGCAACAUUUCCACGAGACACCUGGAUCUCUCGUCGGUGCCAGACUCCUGCAAGAUCGUCAACCUGACGGGCCCGCACCCCGAUCUCGAGAGCAUCCGGUUCUGGAGAGCUUGCGACGAGGGCUGCGUCGUGAGCGUGGCGGGCACGGGGGCGAGACUGUCUCGCAGCACUCGCAGAAAGGUGUGCCUGGGUCGGAUAUCGGUCUUCCUCUCGGGUGAUAUUCCCGUCCCGCUGUACGAUACAUCUGGGGACUUCUUGGGCGUUCUCAGCAACGCGCAAGGGAAUUACGCUUUAGCGGACCCGGACUUCGUGGAUCUGAUCGACCUGGGGCGCGACGGGAGGGCGUACACGGGGGUCGGAUUCUCGAGGGUCCAGGCGGGUAACCUCUGCGGCAACCCCGAGGCGAAGGCGGUCACGGCGCUCGUCUUCGGGGCAUUCGCCGUCCUCUCGGUGGUGGCGACCAUCACCAUCGUCGUGGUGGCCCGCUGGCGCCGUCGAGUCCGAGGUGGAGGGCUAGAGUCUGCAGUUGGGGGGCGACUCGGUUUCAGGCGUGUUGGACUCUACAUGUGGGGAGCUGCAUUGGGCGUCCUACCCGUCGUUGACGUCGUCACCGACUUCCUGGUGCUGAGCGAGGUCUGGGGGGCGUGGCCGAUGUGGGUGGUGUUGGCGUCCGUCUGCGCGCCGUUCGUGUGGGCGUCUUUCGCCGUUGCUAAGGCCUGGUCGUCGACCGGGAAUCCAGUGGGCGGGUGGAAAGAGUUGCGUGUGAGAUGGUUGUGGCCGCUGCCGGCUCUUGCCAACGAGCCGCCGAGGACCACGGACUGGUGGUCCGUGCGCGCCGUGGUCGUGGCGAUCCUGCUGCUACCCAUGGGUCUCUUGGGCGUGCUCGUCCAGGACCUGCUCUCCGUGGCGGAGAAGUUCGGGCUUCAUCUGGCGACCGGGGACCGGAUCCUCGUCUUCGAGCGCUACCACGAGUCCCGGGUGAUGGUCGAGCUGCUCCUGGAGUCCCUGCCCCAGGCGGUGUUCCAGACGGGACUCUACGUCAUUGGGAGCUCGAGGGCGACCCGCAUCUACAUCGACCAGCGCAUCUUCGUGCAGUCCAUCGUGGUGUCGCUGUGCAGUCUGUCCGUGCAUUACUGCACCAUGCUCUGGGAGGCGGUGUACGAGGGCAGGUCGCUGGUCAGGGUGUUUCUCGACCGGUUCGGGAGUGCGGGGCAGCCGAGUGUCGUGACGCUGACCACCGAGCCGAGCGCGGAUGCAGAAGUGGAGGGGUUGAGUCAGAAGCUCGGCAACUUGACCUUCCUCACCUCGCUCUCCCUCUCCUACAACGAGCUGUCCGACCCCAUCCCCCCCGAGCUCAGCCGCCUGACCAACCUCGCGGUUCUCCACCUAUCAUCCAACAACCUCUCCGGCUUCAUCCCAGCCGGGCUUGGCCGCCUACCCAAACUCAGGUCCCUCGACCUUUCCUCCAACGACCUCUUUGGCCCCAUCCCCACCGAACUCGGCAGCCUGACCAGACUCGAGUACCUAGAGCUUUACGACAACGGCCUCACCGGCCUCAUCCCCCCCGAGCUCGGCCGCUUGACCACACUCAGGUCCCUACAACUUUUUGACAACGGCCUCUCCGGCCCCAUUCCCCCGGAGCUCGGCCGUCUAACCGGCCUCACCCUGCUCUCCCUCGGCUCCAACAACAUCUCCGGCCGAAUUCCUCCAGAGAUCGGCAGCCUGAGUGCCCUCAAGUGGCUCCGCCUCUCCUCCAACGGCCUCUUCGGUCCCAUCCCCGCCGAGGUCGGCAGUCUGUCCAACCUCUCCAGCCUUGACCUCUCCGGCAACGGCCUCUCCGGCCCCAUCCCCCCCGAGCUCGGCAACAUGACCGCCCUCACAUACAUGCUCCUCUUUUCUAACGAGCUCUCCGGACCGAUCCCCCCCGAGCUCGGCCGCCUGACCCGCCUCACCUUCCUCCUCCUUUCUCGCAAUGGCAACGGCCUCUCCGGGCCCAUCCCCGCAGAGCUCGGCCUCCUCACCGGCCUCACCGACCUCUCCCUCUCCUUCAACCGCCUCUCCGGCCCCAUCCCCCCGGAACUCGGCCGCCUGACCGGCCUCACCUCCCUCUAUCUCAAC